AUGGGUGUUUCGACAUUCAUCAAGCUCGGCAAGACGGCCGUCCAGGGCAAGGCCGCCCUCGACUCGUUCGACGCGCACGACGCCACACACAACGCGACCAAGCUCGGCAAGAAGGCGGCCACGGCGCCGCUGCGCGCGUGGGAGAACAUCCCGCGCUGGGUGGUGCGCGGGCUGCAGCUGCUCGUGGCGCUCGUCGCCGCGGGCUUUUACGGGCGGCGCCCGGGCGAGCCGCAGGCGCCUGGGUGGGUGUACGUGUUUGGCGUCAUUAUCGGCGGCCUGUCGGCCGUCACGGCGGUUGCGUUCGCCGUCGCCGGCGCGCUGAGCGCCUUCAGCGCCCGCUGCCGCACGUACCGCCUGUUCGCGUGGGACGCGACGUUGUUCGUGCUGUGGAUUGUUGUUUUCGGCGUCACGUACUCUAUCUUCCACGGCCACGACGACAAGGGCGACGACAAGGGCGCCAGCUCCCGCACUAUGAAGGGCGUAGCGUGGCUCGACCUUGCGUCGGCGGUGCUGUGGCUCGUUAGCGCCGUAUAUGGCGCCAUCAAGACGUUUGUUGGCGGCAAGGUUGAUGACGUGGCGGGACGGGUGACGGGACGUGUUGCGGGCAAGGUUGACGGCGUUCAUGGACGGGUUGCCGGCAAGGUUGAUGGCGUGACGGGACAGGUUGCCGGCAAGGUUGAUGGCGCGACGGGACGGGUUGCCGAAAAGCUGUUUGGGCCGAAGAAGGGCCCCGACCCGGCGUCGAAGGAGGGGGGUUUCUACGAGGUUUAA